CAGCGCGUUUAAGUCUAUGGAAGAGACGUGGAUUCUUGGAGGCAACGGCCCAAAUGAUAGUUCUCGCGGCGGCUUACCACGUUCCGACGGCCUCAUCAUUUUCCUUCAUAUAUAUAUGGUUUCGUCAUCCAAGUUUGGAACGGUUGGAGGCUUUCGACCGUCGCUGAGGAGCCAACAAGCUCAAAGCUUGCAUGUGUUUCAAGGUGGCUAGCGAUACAGGAGCGGGCGACGGCGGCGGAGGGAGCGACGGUGAAGCGCACGUGCCGCCGACGGGAAGACUGACUUCCUCGUUCAUGGAGUACGAGAGGUCGGUGAUGGUGUCGGCGCUGGUGCACGUGGUCGCGGGAGGCCGCGGCACGGAGGCGCCGCCGGGUGGUGGCAGUGGGCAGACGAGGUGGAACGAGGGCUUCGUGCAUGAGGCCGCGUCCGAGUUGUAUGCUAGCUUUGGGGACUUUGGGAGGUCGUCGUCGUCGGCGGCUUCGGCAGAUGCAACAGAGCAAACUGCAGCUCCUGCAGCGGAAGCGGCGGCCGCCAUGGCAGGAACAGAGCAAGGAGAGAGAGUAAGGUACAGGGGCGUUCGGCGACGCCCCUGGGGCAAAUGGGCCGCCGAGAUACGUGACCCCCACAAGGCCGCCCGCGUCUGGCUCGGCACCUUCGACACCGCCGAGGCCGCCGCCCGAGCCUACGACGAGGCCGCGCUCCGGUUCCGAGGAAACAGAGCCAAGCUCAACUUCCCCGAGGAAGCCGGGCUUCGGAAAGCGCCGGCGGCCACUCCGGAGGCUCACAUGGAGUCCCAGCCGUUCGGCAGACACGGAGCCUCCGGUUCCACCGCCGCCGUUGCCGCGAGAGACUACAUGGAGUACUCGAGGCUGCUGCGGGGAGAAGGGGAGUACCAGAGGAUGCCUCCGACUGCACUGUUGGAUCAAAUGAUGUAUUCCGGAGCUUCUGCAGCUUCUCCUUUCACGGAUGCUUCCUUGGCUUCUUCUUCCUUUGCUUCUGCUCCCUUUCCUCCGUCUUCUCCGCUCAUCUAUCCUCCAGAAUCAGAGCAACAGAUGGAUUAUCUUCAACCUCCACCUUGGAGUGGAUGCAGCCAUUAUCCUCCAUCUUCUUCCUCGCAUUGA